AUGCUGAUUCUGAAUGCAACAGUCGAUCUAUUGUAUGUCAUCGAUACCGCUUUGUCAAUACCGGUAUGCUCAAAAUUGAAACGAGAAAACGACGGUAUCACUUUUUCAGAAUGUUGUUUUUUCCUCAGGCGUCAUUUUCAUCCUAUGGGAGAACCCGAUCGUCCAUCGCCGUUCAUUCGAUGUCUACACAUGCCUUAUGGUUCAGACCUUCUUCAUCUACCUCUCGGUCCUCAUUCUGCCUAUUCAGUUCAUCUAUCGGUACAGUGUGAUCUCUUCGAAUGGGUACACCUUCUCCACGGUGCUCAAGGUUCUUGCCGGCUGUUUUGCUUACUUGACUAUUCAUUGUUCCUUUUUGUCCUAUACAUAUCAAUCACCCGCUCCCGUGUAUGAUGCCAUUCUGAGAGGUCAAGGAGUUGCGGAGGAGGAUUUGAUCUACGUGGCGGGAGAUAAGGUGAGUAUUUUGAAUACAGAUUUCUAGCAGAAAGGACUAGUAAACUAUUAGACAGACUGAAGAAUUUUUUGAUCUUAUUGCCAAAUUAAAAUUUUGACUUCUUGCUCCAGUGCCAACGGAAAUUGUUUCGCUUGAUUCUCAUGUUGAAAGCAAUGGCAUUCGUUUCUUAAACCGUAUACCGGUGUAUGCCAUGUGUACCAUUUAAUUCCACUUUUUAUGUCUGUGCUCGAACGUAGCCAGAGUUGCGUUUGUAGUCAACAAAAAUAUUUUUAGGAAAUCAUUUCCAUUGAAUUCAAAACACGCAAAGUUCUUCCACUUUUUUGAUAAAUUUGACGUGUUUCUAAAUACAGUAUACAACUAUUUUAAUUAGCUGAACAGUAAAUAGCAUCGCGGCAAUUUGCUCGUCAUUUGUAAGACAUGUAUUACCUAACAUUCACUUUGGUUACUUUAUAACAAUCCUUCCUUCGCAACAAAUUUAAUAAGAUUACGUUUUUUAGGAUGCAAACUGGUGGUUAAUUCCGCACUUUGGAAGUUGUAUGCUGAUGACCGUGGCAAGCUACACAACGAUAAUCGUAGUCUACAUCAAGACACAAAAGGUCCUUCAACAAUUUGAAGCUCAUAUGACCGUUUCAACUAGGCGGGCUCAGCGUCAAAUGACCAGAAUCAUCCUUCUUCAAGCCUUUUAUCCAGUAGUUCUUCUCUGUUUUCCCAGCUUCUUCAUGGCGUUUGGGCCGUUGAUUAAUGUCAAGUCGGACUAUCUAGGGAUAGUCUGCGAAAUCAGCGUUCAUCUGAUACCAAUUUUGAAUUCUAUAGCAGUCGUAUCCUGCAUCCCAUCGUAUCGGCGGGUCACUUGGAGGAUAAUUCAAGUAAUAAUGCGUUGCAAUGACGUAGCGCCGUUGGAAAAUUCGAAUAUCCACAGUAGUACCAAGCCUACGAAACAUAUCUCGCAACUGAGUUGAGCAGCAAUUCAAACCGCGUCUACAGCAAAUAUGUAAUCGAAAAUUUUAAUUGUAAUUUGUGCCAAGUAUCUCUUCUGUCAAAUUCGGGUGGAAGGUUGAUUUUUAAUACCGCCUCUCCUGUGAUUGCAAUUUGCUUAUUGCAUCGUUUACCUUGUGAAAUAGACCGUCUUAUAAACCAUGCUGAUCUCAAAGCAAUAAUGUAUCAUAAUCAUCGUAAUCAUCAAAAUAAUUUAUUCAAUAUACAUAUGAACCUUUCGAAUAAAACUUAUAUUUAAUAUUUUGUGUGCAACAUAACGCAGCAUUUCCUUCAAAGAUCCAAGCCCCUUCCCAAGGUGCUAAUAGCAUGCCAUAUGCUAUUUAAAGCUUAUGUUUCCAGCAGCUCAAACAGCCGAUGUCCUUUCAAGGAAAAUACACAAAGCGAGUGGACAAUGAGAGCGCCGGAUGCGGGAAAAGAAAGCCGAACAAACAUUUCAACGCCCCACCAACACAUUCGCAAUACAACAUCCAAUAUGCGGUUGUUGAAGCCGAAUUUCCCAUAGGGCCAUUCUGCGAAGGUCGAGUUUUGAUGGGACGAAGAUAA